AUGUACAUUUUCAAGGAUGUGUUUGUGUUCUUUCAGGCUGUCAGGAUCCUGAACGUGGGACAGAAAAGGCGAAUCUACGACAUCACCAAUGUGCUGGAGGGCGCUGGUCUGAUCGUGAAAAUUUCCAAGAGCAUGAUCAAGUGGUUGGGCACAAAUCAAGGUGAAAGUGCGCACGAUUUAACCAAGAGGAUGAUCAAGCUGAAGUCUCAGCUGGAGGACUUGGAGCACCAGGAGUUCAUCCUGGACCAGCACAAGCUCUGGGUCGAACAGAGCAUCAGGAACACGACAGAAGACUGCAGCAAUCUGACCUACGUGAAUCACGAGGACAUCUGCAGCUGCUUCACUGGUCACACACUCCUGGUCGUACGAGCACCAUCUGGCACUCAGCUCGACGUUCCCAUUCCCAAAGCUGUCCAGGACAGCCCAGCGAAGUACCAGAUCCAUCUGAAAAGCGUCAAAGGACCCAUAGAUGUGGUUCUUCUUAACAAACACUCCGUCAGCUCUGUUCCUGUCGUGCUGCCGGUCCCGCCGCCCGAGGAGAUUCUACAGAGGGCCAAGUUAGCCAUGUCUGCUUCAAACGAGAGAGACAGCGGCGCUGAACCUUGUCAGGCUUCGGCUGACACCAAACACGGAUCAAAAUGUACGGCGGCGGAGGACACGAAGCCUCUUCAGUCCCCGUCGUGUGUAAACGCUGAACCCGACAGAACCGAUCAAUCUGAAUUGAGAGGUUUGUCGAAGGAACUGCAGGACCUAAUGGACCCGCCCAGAGACAAAAUGAGUGCAGAUCUACUCACACAGCUGUUGGCCUCUGAAGUCUUCUCCCCGCUCCUCCGUCUCUCCCCGCCGCCGUCCGACCGCGAUUACUUCUGCAACCUGGACGAGAGCGAAGGCGUCUGCGACCUCUUUGACGUCCCCAUGCUCAACGUUUGACCGCCGACUCCUGCGUUUCGUCACAAGAUGUGUCUUUAUAAAUAGUUGUUCUGUUUUAACAAAUAAUAAAGUUAUGAUUUUUUUCUAAA